AAAACACUAUAUAAGUGUUUUUACUACUCUAAACUAAACCUCUCUUACCUCUACGCCUUUAGCUAUAAAGCCUACGCCUUAAUUAAAAACAUAGUACGCCUAGAUAAGCUAGAACUAAGAGCUUUUGUUAGAUACCUAGUAGAAUAUAACUCUACUAAUAUAUUUAAGGUCUAG